AUGGCAUCAUCCCGCUUACAGAUUCAACCCGACGAGUCAGUCCUCCUGCGAGUCACUCACUCCAAUCUCAAGUCUUUCUCUUCUGAAAUUCGCUUCUCUCUUCAGUCUACAGUGGAAGCUGUGAAAGAUAAGCUAUGGAGAAAAUGCGGGACUUCAGUGAAUUCAAUGCAACUCGAGCUUUAUGAUGAUACAAACACAAAAAUCUCGAAUUUAACUGAUGAUUCUAGACCUCUAGGUUUCUACUCUCCUCUUGAUGGGUAUCGGUUGCAUAUAAUAGAUCUUGAUCCUUCAUCAGUAACAUCCGGUGGGUGGCUGGAGGAUACGUCAUUGGUGGAGAAAUAUUCAAUUUCUGAAGAGGCUUAUGAUAAACGUGAUGGUACUUUUAGAAAAUUUAAAGAAAAAAUGGCAGCUCAAAAUCCAUCAGCUUUUGCACCUAAGAUAACAGAUGACUACAUGGAAGACCUGUGUGCUAAUAUUAAGGUGGGCAACAGAUGUGAGAUUGAACCAGGGGAGAAAAGAGGGGUUGUCAAGUAUGUUGGUCGAGCAGAAUCUCUUGCACCAGGUUUUUGGGUUGGAGUUCAGUUUGAUGAACCAUUCGGAAAACACAAUGGCAUGGUAAAAGGAGUACGCUACUUUGAUUGCCCUCCACUUCAUGGUGCUAUGAUUAGGCCGGACAAAGUAAAGGUUGGUGAUUAUCCAGAAAGAGAUCCUUUUGAAGAGGAUGAAAUAUAA